CUUUCUUGCUUAAUCUAUUAUCUCCUUAGAGUUGAUUAUUGUGACGCUACUGGAUCUAUCACUGAAAUCAAAGCUGCAAGUUUUUUUUUCAGAUUUUCCGAAGUUCACAACCAUCAGAUUAAUAAGCAGAUUCGAAACGGCUUCAGUUCGACUCAACCAGCAGUUUCUUCACCCUAAAAGAACGCUAAAAAACAUGGCUCCAGGUAGUGCUGCUACUGCCGUGCUGUCAAAUGGCCCCGAGCCGUUUCUCGGUCCUAAUCUCAACGUCACGUUGACAUGUCCCGAAUGUAAGAUCUUCCCCCCUGAUUUGAUAGAGAGGUUUAGUGAAGGAGAUAUCGUUUGUGGCAGUUGUGGGUUGGUCCUCAGUGAUCGUGUAGUGGAUACUAGAUCCGAAUGGAGAACGUUCAGCAACGACGACCAGAACGGAGACGACCCCAGUCGUGUAGGAGAUGCUGGGAAUCCGUUGUUGGACACAGAGGAUUUGUCGACUAUGAUUUCAUACGUGCCAGAAAACACCAGAGUUGGACGAGAAUUGAAUAGGGCUCAGUCCAAAUCGCUUGUAGACAAGAAGGACAAUGCAUUGGCGGCAGCAUAUGCAAAAAUCUCACAGAUGUGUGAUGGUUACCAGUUGCCUAAGAUUGUCCAGGAUGGUGCCAAAGAAGUGUAUAAGUUGGUGUAUGAUGAAAGACCAUUGAGAGGCAAAUCUCAAGAGUCCAUCAUGGCUGCUGCUAUCUUUAUUGGCUGCCGUAAGGCUAAAGUGGCUCGUUCAUUCAAGGAGAUCUGGGCCUUAACCAAUGUCCCCCGCAAGGAAAUAGGAAAAGUAUUCAAGAUUAUUGACAAAGUGAUCCAAGAAAAGAACGCAGCUAAUCCAAAUGCAUUGAUGUUCAACCAGGACAACAUGCAAACCACGCAGACCACAGCUGAGGACUUAAUCAGAAGAAACUGUUCUCAUUUGGGUUUGAAUGCUCAAGUCACGAACGGUGCUGAGUACAUAGCUAGAAGAUGUAAGGAAGUAGGUGUUUUGGCUGGUAGAUCGCCUACAACUAUUGCUGCUACUGUUAUUUAUAUGGCAGCAUUGGUAUUUGGCAUCGACUUACCCCCAUCCAAGAUCUCUGACAAGACCGGUGUCAGUGACGGUACAAUCAAGACUUCUUACAAGGUGAUGUAUGAAGAAAAGGAAAAGCUCAUUGAUCCUUAUUGGAUCGAGACCGGCAGGGUCAAGAUGGAAAACAUUCCAAAGAGUUAGGCUUAUGGAAUAUGUUGAAAGAAGAAAAACAAGAUCAGAAAAUAAGAGUUCACAAGAAAGAAAAAUAGAAAACUCAGAGAUAUAUUUAUGAUUUCAUUCUCAGACACCAUUAGGUUGUUGUCUAGGAGAAAUAUCGGAGAUCUCUUGAGACGUAUUUAUAUUGUCACGGAGUUGUUUUUAUAUUUUUUAUCGACAUCAGUUCGCGAGGAAGCUGCUGUCAACUCUGUGAAGUGUCAGUGAAGGCACAAUUUGGUUAUAAUCCUUGGAAGACAGAUUAGUUAAUAGAAAAUACAAAAAAAUGG